AUGGGCUCUGGCUCGGAAUUCAAGUUUGAUGAAAUACUACGUCGUCUUGACAAAAUUGAAAAACACAUUUUUCAAAAUGGAAAUCAAGUGGCCGCCGAAGCGAAUGGGACUAUUCCACUCGGGAUUACCUCUGCCAGUGAUGAGACGGCCAAAAGCUCCGAGAUGCAAAAUUGGCAAAUCAAGCCCGGUCUUCUCCGGCCAUCGUACCGUGCUUUCCUCUGCACUAUGGAUUUGAUGCGAUUUCUUGAAGAGAAGAAGACAUCACUGGACCAAGUACGUCGCAAGUACCUUCGGACGAUCCAUAGCUGGUUGCCUAUCGUCUCCGAAAAGCGGGUCCUGAAGGGAUUCGAAAGAAUUCAGAAUGGUGAUCCCUCUGCAGCAUCCACACUUCUGGUGUUCUCUAUGCUACUUGUUAUUUCUAAUCCGUUCGACGACGAGGAUGGAUCCUCGCCCACCGAAUCCCAUCUGUAUCUGACCACUAAAUAUCAGUUUUCCCUAUUCCUGUCGCUAUCCUGCCCUUCGAUAGAGCUGGUUCAAGCCGGGAUUCUGAUAGCUUUAUACGAACACGCUCAAGGAGCCACGGAUAUGGCAUACGUCACCAUUGGAACAUGCGCGAGGCUAGCUUACCUGCUCGGGCUCCAUAGAGCUGUACCCUGUCCUUCCAUCACAACAGAAGAAAUUCAAAGUAGGGUCGAAGAGGAAAAUCGCACUUGGUGGGCUAUUGUUGUGGUAGACAGAUAUAUCAAUAUGGAGCCACUAGCACCACCUAGACCAGCUGCAGUGGAGAAUCCAACUCCAGAGGAGACCCUUCCGCAACAGUACCAACCAUGGCCGAGUACAUUCCCUGCCAUUCAGUCGUCCCCUUUGUCGAGUGGUAACAGCGAAGGUGAUUGGGACUACGCCCUUGAGGCAAACGCGGCUAGAAAGCUUGGCCAAGUGCAAGAUUUGAUCCGCGAAAACUAUUCGGAUGAGACCAUACGAAUGGAGAAAGCAUUCCAGAUAUACAAUGAGCUGGAAGAGAUGUUGAUACAUAUACGAAGGCGACAUAAUAUCUCUCUAUACAACCGAUAUGGUGGAGGCUUUGCAACGGGUAUUGGGGCUGCAUUGACGCUUUUACUCUCCUUCCGCCAGGAUUCCGGGGGAGCGACCGGAGAUGACGUCUGUACCUUGAAGCUCCAGGAAUUGUGUCAUGCCAUGGUGGUGAUAUGUAAUGACCUGGAGGAGGUGACUUUCAACCCCAGCCUCAGUCUUGAUUCAAUACCGCCAUCGGUGAUCAGCGCCAUCUACUACGCGGCUUUGGGACAAAAGGUUAUUCGCCAGAUGGAUCUCUCCGCCGACGUUGAAGACUGGGAGGGUUCGAUAUUCAUCAAGUCACUUCGAGCUCUCAGCACGCGAUGGAUGCUGGCCAACUCCGACAAGGUCAAGAUUGUCUUGAUCAAUCCGUCGGAGAAGCAUUACUUCAAUAUUGCGGCUCCGCGGAUUCUCGCAAAGCCCCAGUUCUUCCAGCCGAAUCAAUAUCUCCUCCCCAUCGAAAAAGCAUUUGCGCGCUACCCCAGGGAGUCGUUUCAAUUCAUCAAAGGAAGAGCAACCGGCAUCGAUACCGCCUCAAAGACAGUCAAGGUUUCCUCGCUGCAAUCGGUCCUUGCCUACGACUAUCUCGUAAUUGCAUCCGGCAGCACGACGGCUUCCUCACUGCAGGGGGAGCCGGCUCCUUUCAAGCCGUUCGGCGACCAUGAUAUCGACGCCUCCAUUCGCUCGAUCCAAAAGGUCAUCUCCAAUGCGACAAGUGUCGUCGUGGGUGGAGCAGGCCCGGUGGGUGUCGAAUUUGCGGGCGAGCUUGCAGAGGCUUUUAAAGAUAAACGGGGCGCUUCGGUCACUCUCAUUUCGGCGUCGAAACAUGUCUUGCCCGGGUUAAAGGAAAGGGCCAGUAUUAUGGCGGAGAAGGUCCUUGCAGAAAAGGACGUCAAGGUGAUUACCUCCCGCAAGGUGGUGGACGCCGUGCGCCACGUUUCUGGCAACAAAAGUCAGUGGGUUGUCAGCCUGGACAACGGCGAGCAGCUUGAAGCAGACGUGUACAUCUCUACGACGGGGGUGAUCCCCAACAACCAGUUUGUCCCCGCAGAAUUUCUCUCCGCCGAUGGCUGGAUCAAGGUAGACGACACACUGCGUGUUACGGGAGGGGAUGGCUCGAUCUACGCGCUCGGAGACAUUACCGUCCAACCAGUGCGCACGGCAAUCAAAGUUGCAGAGCAGGUCCCAGUGGUUGUGGCCAAUCUCAAGGUUGCAAUCCUUGGCUGGGGAAAGGCUGCUACCUACUCCUCCAAUGACUCUAUCAUGAUGCUUGUGCCGAUUGGAGAAAGUACGGGCACGGGUCAGAUGUUCGGAUGGAAACCUUGGGGAAUUCUGGUUUCCAAGAUCAAGGGGAAGGACUUUUUUGUUUCGAAAGCUGCUGGGAUGCUUGGUUUGAGCUGA